AGGAGAGCGUGAGUAGAUUGAAAAUAAUUGCGUACAAUAAUGUUCACAUAUCAACUGAUUGAUGUUGUACUCGUCAUGAAACUCCAUAGGAAAUAAUCGCAAUCACACAGGAUGUAUGUUAAAUCAUUGAGUUUUGUAGUACUGAUUCUACAGUUACUUCCGCCUGUUGCUUCAAGUCCUGCAUUAAUGACAAUGGAAGAAGGAGAAGAAGUGGUCUUCAUGUUUAAUAAGUAUGCCAACACAAGGAUACUAGAAGUGACAUGGGGAAUAAGUGAUGGUAACACUAGUAACUUUAGGCUAGUGCUGAUCGUAGUUCGAAAUGUUACUGGUGUACAGUCAAUAACGUCAACUUCUAAAGCUGCUUACGCAGGAAGAGUUAGUUUCGUCGGUGAUAUGUCAAAGGGUCAGGCUUGGUUCAAGAUCACAAACCUUAACAUCAAUGAUACCAAUAAGUACAUGGCACAGAUCAGGGCUCAUGGUUCAUCGAACUACGAAGACAUACCUGCACAAUUAACAGUCAUUAAAACACCAGUAACUACAGAGCCUCUAAAGACAUCAACCAGAGAACUCACCACCGGAGUUUCAAGUUCACAAACCUCUCUUUGGCCGACAACGUCACAAGUGCCUAAAUUUUCAAACCGAAGCAUGUCAAUCAAUGUGGUUAAGAAAGUUGUUGGAGACUUUAGUGAUCCCAACUCUGUUGCUUUCAAACAAUUCAGCAAAAACUUUGUUUCUGAGAUCAACUCUGUCUAUAAAAAUAUCCAUAUAUUUGAGAAAGCCAAGGUCACUGGUCUCAGUGAGACCAUCAUUUCUGUGAAGUUUGUAGUUUACUUCAAGAGUACAAGAAAAGGAGAUGAAAUUUGCGGUCCACUUAAAGAUGCAGUAAAAGACAAUAGACUUGGAAGUCUCAAGAUAGUACCUGGUUCAUUAGGCUGCUCUAAUGAUCCCAGCACAAGUGUUCCCAAAAAACCAUCAAAUUCUGCUAGCACUUGCACGUCAAUCAUCGUGGCAUGUGUUACUGUCAACAUAUUCCUGAUUCUGGUUGUAGUUUUUCUGGUUAUCUAUAUUUGGAGAUUAAGAUUAAACAAUGAAAAAAGAGCAGGAAGAAGAAACUCAUCAAGCAUACAAGACAAGAACCCUGAAGCUUAUGAGAAUAUCCAUCCAAUGGAAGACACCUCACAAGCCAUAACAACAAAAACAGCUCAAACGCCAAAUACUGGAAAGGAGCUUUAUGAAACGAUAAAUGAAAACAGAGACAAAAACAAUGUUGCAAUAACAACAAUUGUGAAACAUACGAGUGGGUCUUCUGUCGCAAUUCAAGGUGACGCACCUUCAUUGCCGCAACACUAUCAAGAGCUUCAAAGAAAGGCGCCUAAUCCGACCUCUCUGUAUGAGCCUCUCAAGCAGCAAGGCUUUCGUAACAAAGAAGAGCUGGCUUCAGAAGACCCAAAAACAUAUGAACAACUACAGCAGAGUGCACCAGGAAGAGAAUACCAGUCAUUGAAGUGUUAUAAGGAUACCGAGAGUAAAGUGUGACGCAAUAUCUUUACAGUUUAAAUAAUUCUGCAAAAGCUACUAAAUAAAUAAAUCUCCUCGAGUUUUGAUAUUAAAAGUGCUGCAGCGCUACCACGUGUCAA